CAUGAAUAAUUUCUUUGUAAAUUUUCAAUUGUAGUGAUAUAAAAAGCAAGGGCUAAAACUAAUUUCKUAUACUCCAUAAAGUUAAAUACAGUCCAAUUGAAUUGUAGUGAUCUACAAAAAAUAAUGAUAAGCACAAACUUCUUAGAAUAGAUUUUAUUAAAUAAUACCUUAGCUGUGCAAACUAAAUCUCAAGGUGAAGAAAGUCGCAAGGACGGGUCAUGUCCUCUUUAUCGGCCUCUGCAGAAAAUGUAUCUAGYGCCGGAGCAGGCGGAGGUAUGGAUCAAAGUGCAGGUGCAUCAGACGGAAGCUCAAGUAUGUGUCUGGAGCUAGCAUUAGAAGGUGAACGGCUGUGCAAAUCUGGAGACUGCCGUUCAGGUGUGGCAUUCUUUCAAGCCGCUAUUCAAGCUGGCACAAAUGAUUUGCGUACCUUGUCCGCGAUUUAUUCUCAAUUGGGAAAUGCGUACUUCUAUUUAGGAGACUAUACCAAAGCCAUGCAGUAUCAUAAGCUUGAUCUCACACUAGCUCGUACCAUGAAUGACAAGUUGGGCGAGGCUAAGUCGUCGGGAAACUUAGGAAACACUUUGAAAGUUAUGGGUAGAUUUAAUGAAGCUGCUAUUUGUUGCGAUCGUCAUCUGACCCUAGCGCGACAACUUGGAGACAAACUCUCGGAAGGUCGUGCUCUUUACAAUUUGGGAAACGUGUAUCAUGCAAAAGGAAAACAUAUGGGUCAAGGUAAUCCUGGCGACUACGGAGAUGAUGUACGCGAGGCAUUGAGUAAAGCGGUUGAAUUUUAUCAAGAAAAUUUAAAGUUGAUGAGAGAAUUGGGUGAUCGUAGUGCACAAGGUCGAGCGUGUGGAAACUUGGGCAAUACUUAUUACCUUUUAGGUAAUUUUCAAGCUGCUAUUGAACACCAUCAAGAGAGACUUUGCAUUGCACGGGAAUUUGGUGAUCGCUCCGCUGAACGCCGUGCUAAUAGUAAUUUGGGAAAUUCACAWAUUUUCCUGGGGCAAUUUGAAGAAGCGGCGGAUCAUUAUAAAAGAACAUUAGCRUUGGCCAUCGAACUUGGAGAGCGCGAAGUUGAGGCACAAGCAUGUUACAGUCUUGGAAAUACAUAUACUCUGCUACGGGAAUUCUCAACAGCUAUUGACUACCAUCAUCGUCACUUAGCCAUAGCACAAGAGCUGGGAGAUCGUGUUGGAGAAGCCCGUGCCUGUUGGUCUCUUGGUAAUGCACAUUCUGCUAUCGGAAACCAUGAAAAAGCUUUGCUGUAUGCCGAAGCUCAUCUUAUACUAGCCGUUGAAUUGCAAGAUCCAAUUGGAGAAAGUACAGCCCGAGUAAACAUAUCUGACUUGCGAAAAUUGCUUGGAUUACCUGAUUCACCAAUUGACUGUGAAGAACGCUCGAUUGCAUCAGAUGUUUCAGCCAUAAUUGAUCAACGUUCCGACAGYUCAGGCAGUACACAAAGUCGUAUGGUUCGUGUAAGGCGUCAAAGCAUGGAACAAUUAGAUUUAAUUAAAAUAACUCCAGAUGGAAAACACGCGAGUCAAAGUAAUAUAUUAGAUGAUAAACGCGUUCCAAAAGGAAUUGGCUCAAAAUCUAAGGCACAGGAUGAAGACUUUUUCGAUCUUUUAUCACGCUCACAAUCAAAACGAAUGGAUGACCAACGUUGUUCAAUUAAAAUUGCUAGAAAUCCACCAAAUACAUCAGCCCUAUUGGCAGGUGGAGCACCUGCGCUCACAUCUAGUUCGGGCGCCACACGUAAGCCGUUAGCACAGCAAAACUCCAUAUUCAGCGGUAAUGGUGGGGAUGGAAGUGUUGCAAUUAGUGUUAAGCCAUUUAGUGAUGCCGCUCCUGGCACCAAUUCCGGCCACAACCAUGGGCAUGGACAGCUAGCACGCAGUGCUACAACUACUCAACAACCUGACGAUGACUUUUUGGAAAUGUUGGUACGCUGUCAAGGCUCCCGAUUAGAAGAACAACGUUCUGARCUACCACGAUCGAAUGUCACCAUGGACGUUGAGGCACCGACACGUGCUAAUGCCGUUGCAGGUGGUCGCUCUGCAGUAGGAAGUGGUGGCGCUGGUGGCACUACAGUGCCUGAUGAGGAUUUCUUCUCGCUGAUAAUGAAGGUACAGAGUGGCCGAAUGGAGGAUCAAAGGGCAGCAAUACCUGGUUUUGGUGGGUUUCCUCAACGCAAUGCAAGUAAUGGCGGAACCGCAAGUGGUACUGGCGAGAAGAUCAAUAAUAACGCUAAUAAUCAGAGUAAACAGUAAAUGCUACUAUACAUACAUACAUAUGUACGCAACAUGGUGGAAGUUAUUCGUAAARCACAUUUUCAUCACGAUUUCUGAUGCGUUAAUUUCUUACAUUUCUCUCUUUUUAUUAUAUAUGCGUAACACGUUAUUUUAUAAAAUUUUAAGUUCGGUAUCUCUCGAAGUAAGUUAAUWUUUUUUCAAUUUUCCAUGAUCAAAUCGUUAAUGCAUUUCAAGAGCAAUCAUUUUGAAGCAGGCAAUACAAAGAUUAAUAUCUCUAGAAGAUGGUAUAUAUCAGAUAUUUUACUGAUACACAUACAACAUAUUCCCAUUUUCAUACAAUAGUGUUCUUUUUGUAUGAAGAUAUCACUAUCACAUUCAAAAGCACAUUUUAUUAUAUUGCUACCUACAAUAGAUUUGCGAAAACAUACAUUUGUUUGAAUGGUUGCAUAUCUCAAAAUUAAUCUUCAUUUAAUUUUUAACUCACAAAAUAUCCAUACUCACAAAAAAUGUAAUAUUCCAUAAAUUACCUUGMAUUUAAAAAAAUAGGCCCGAUUGCAGGCACUAGUAGCAUUUACUUAUUCAAACAUUUACUCAUACAAACAUAAAACAUUGCACAAUAUUUUUGACCAUGGCUAGUUGUUACAUGCAUGCAUGCCUAAACGUACCCAAAAAAGUUCGUUUUCAGUCCAACCGUAUUAAGUAUUAUGGAAUAAGAAUGAAUCAUACAUUUAAAAUGGAAUGCUGAAAC